AUGAAAUGGGAUUUAAUAAUAAAAAUGAUGUGGAGAGGACUCACUCCCCCCCCUCGAAGUUCGACCAAGAUUUUUUUGGUCGAACUUCGAGAAAAAUUUUUUUAAAAAAAAUUAUAUAGAAUUUUUUUUAUAUAAUUUAGUAGUUAAAAAAAAAAAGUUUAUCAUAUUCUUCUGUAUGGUUGAGAGGGUGUAAGGGUUAGAAAAAAUAGUGCAAGAUGGUUUUGUAACGCUUUUUUAGAACUUGAAUACAAAAAUCGCAAGCUCACCCCACAUAGUUUAAAAUUUUUGAAAAAAUUGCUUAUUUUCCUAGUAAAUUUAUAUAGGUCUUGGUCGGUCGAACUUUGAGGGGGGUUUAUUUUUCCAAAAAAAUAGGAAUUUUCCCUAUAUCUUGGUCGAACUUCGAUGGGGGGGGAGUCAGUAAAUUUGCUCAAAACAAUCUUAGAAGCCUAUGGCAGCCUCAGCCAUUUACCUCAAGUCUCCUAAUGCCUGCUCGGUUUUUCGCUGUAAGUAACACUGACAUCGAGAAAGCUAUUCUCGAAAAGCUUAACAAAACAGAUGGUGUAGUCAAAGAAAAAGUCAACGCUGCCUGCAAAUUUGAAGAUAUUGAAUUAGAUUCUCUUGCUCAGGUAGAAGUAUUCUCCACUAUUGAAAAAAAAUUCAAAGUAAAAUUGAGUGAACGUGAAAGCGAAAAUGUUAAAGGCGUAGCUGAUUUAGUCAAACUGAUUGCAAGUAAAAUAAAACCAUAA